CAUUCAAAUAUUUUUAAAAAGCCAAGUCCGAUGUAACAAAAGUUCACACUAGAGCUGUUUGUGCCGCCGUGGUCCACGAGGGAAACAUACAUCAGUUAAGGAUUAUACUGUCACUCUUUGCAUCUAUUUUUUUGUGAUUAAAAACGCUUCCUGUUGCGACUGAACGAGCCUAAGGCACAGCGAUCCGGUCGCUACAUCACAUGACAGUUGUAGCUUUGUGAGCUAAAACGCUAGCCUCGGUUGUCUAAACUGCUGUCAACAACGUAACCCGACUGAACAAAGUAACCUGACUGGACCAAGAAUUACUUUCCAAAUUCUUCGACUAACGGCACUGUGGAAAGGACUCUUCUUAUUCUCUAAUCACCGUCUUCAUGAUAUCAACUCAUUAUAGCUUCCACCCAGUCAGUUGCAGAGGUUUUUGCCAUUGAGGCUUGUUAGGCGAGCAGGUUCUCCAUCAGAGCAGGGAUCUUGACUGACUGUGGUGUUGGACUUGAUUGCUGAAAUGAAUGGCCAAUAAAUGAGACGUCAACUUUAGAGGUACAUGUUGAUGUCGUAAUGACAAGCUGUUGUGCAGAAGAUGUCCACGCUGUCUGUGACUGAUAUCUCUGAUGUUGGUCAUGAGAGUAAAGUGUUUGAAGGGAGCUCUGAGCUGCAGCUGGACUGCAUGGUUGAGGAGAGCAGUGGAAGCUCCACAGUGAAGUCUAGUGGUCUGCUGUCACUUGCUGACUUCUCCCACUCCAAUGUCUUUCACACUGGCCCUCGCAACGGGUCUUCACCACCCGAGAUGAGCAGCUCUCUGCCGGUGGAGCAGCGUGACAUCAAGCUGGAUCCAGCUGUAGUUGACACGUCUGCCAGCACAGAUGGUCAUCCAGUGAAGAGAAAGAAAGGGCCGGCACCCAAGAUGCUGGGCAAUGAGGUGUGCAGUGUGUGUGGUGACAAGGCCUCGGGUUUCCACUACAAUGUUCUGAGCUGUGAAGGCUGCAAGGGAUUCUUUCGACGCAGCGUCAUCAAAGGUGCAAAGUACAGCUGCAAAAACAAUGGGCGCUGCGAGAUGGACAUGUACAUGCGCCGCAAGUGUCAGCAGUGCCGCCUCCGCAAGUGUCGCGAGGCAGGCAUGCUAGAGCAGUGUGUGCUCUCGGAGGAACAAAUAAGGACAAAGAAGAUGAAAAAGCAGGAGGAGGAGACGGCACGCACCUCCACGGUUGUCACCCCCACGCUGCCACAGGAAACGGCCUCACUAGAUCCUCAGCAGCAGGAGAUGAUAGAGAAGCUGGUGGCCAUGCAGAAGCAAUGCAACAAAAGGUCUUUCCUUGACCGACCAAAAGUGACACCUUGGCCACAGAGUCAGGACCCGCAGAACAGAGAAGUGCGUCAGCAGCGAUUUGCUCACUUUACUGAGCUGGCCAUCAUGUCCGUUCAGGAGAUUGUGGAUUUCGCUAAGCAGCUUCCUGGUUUCCUGGAGCUCACCAGGGAGGAUCAAAUCGCUCUGCUGAAGACUUCCACCAUUGAGAUUAUGCUGCUUGAGACAUCUCGAAGGUACAACCCAGCAAUUGAUAGCAUCACAUUUUUGAAAGAUUUCAGCUACAACAAGGAGGAUUUUGCCAAAGCAGGGCUUCAGUUUGAGUUCAUUAACCCCAUCUUUGAGUUUUCAAAAGGAAUGAAUGACCUGCAGUUGGAUGAGGCCGAAUACGCUCUGCUCAUUGCUAUUAACAUCUUCUCUGCAGAUCGCCCAAAUGUUCAAGAUCAUGAUCUGGUAGAAAGGCUGCAGCAACCAUACGUGGACGCUCUGCGCUCUUACAUCAUGAUCAAGAGACCAAAUGAUCAUCUGAUGUUUCCUCGUAUGCUGAUGAAACUGGUCAGUCUUCGUACAUUAAGCAGCGUCCACUCCGAACAGGUCUUUGCUCUUCGACUCCAGGACAAAAAACUUCCACCCCUACUUUCUGAAAUCUGGGAUGUCAAUGAAUGACUGUAAAUUUGAUGAUGUACUCUUUGGCUUUAUGACAUCAUCAUUGAAGGACACCAUAUCCAAUUGGAAAACUGACAUCUCCCUGUUCGUCGGGUCAGAGGCUGGUUGGUCGUUGCUCUUUACUUCGGGACUGAGUGGUUUUGUGUUCAUUAAGUGGAGACUUAAACACCAAGUUUUCUUUGAGCCUUUUUUUAUUCCUUUGUUUAGAUGCUUACAUGAUUGUGGCGAAAUUGAAUACCAGCAUCUUAACUCUUAAGCAUUCAUCUUUGAUUUAAGGUUUUUUUUUUUUAAUAAUGUCCAUCUCAUGCACAGUUCCUGCAUAUUCUAGUUGAGGUGGGGUGAAAUGAGUGGAAUGAAUCCACGUAACAGGUGAAAUUGGAAUUCAGAUAGAACGGUUCAUGUCUGCUCCUCACCUUAUUAAUAUCUGAGUACAAUUGUAAGACAUCAGAAUGGUUUUGUUUAUUGGGACAUGGAAUAGUACGUAAUUUCUUUUGACGAAAGUCAAGAAAUCAUUUUGUGUAGAUGCUCAGGUAAAGAAAUGUGAUGUAGACAUCUAGGACUCAGUGGCUUCUUUAAUUUAGAUGACUAAAGUUUUCUUCUACUGCAUUAUGUUCCCUUUGUUUUGUUUUUUUAGUUAAUAUCAAUACAUUUUUACACGUAAUUGUAUAUUUAUUUCAUGAAGAAAACCAGUAAGUGAAUACCCUUGGAGAUAAAUCCAACAGAUUGUACAAUCACAUACUAACAUAUUAAAAGUAAAAUUGUUGAUAGGCUUUAUCUUUAUUUACCAGAAAUUAUGAUUUCAGCUAAUUGUCUUUGUGACCUUUUGCCUACUGAAUAAACUAAUACUUAACCAUGGCUUCAUUGCCAUGAGGUUUAAAUAAUUGCAUUACAGGAUUUAUUUCAGGCAUUAAAAGUGUGAGAAAUGUGUAAGAACAGAUGGAGACAAUUUGUUUUACUUUGAGAACCUUAUUAAUUUUACUUGAAAACGUACUAUACUUGCACAGACAUCAGGAACGAACUGAUUGUCUGAUCGGAGUAAAGAAAAAUAUUAAAUACAAUAAUUUUGAGAAGUAACUGCAGAGAUCUUGCAGUGUUCUGCCUGUGAUUCUAUGCAGUGGUAAACUUAAAAGGCUGUAGAAUGAUUAAUAGAGAUAUGAUGAUUAGGAAAUCCCAGUUAUAUAAUUUCACACUCUUAUUGUACAAGGUUCACUAAUAGGAAAAAAAAAUCACCAGAUCAUGGCCUUACAUUAAUCCAAUAUAGACAUGAAUGACCACAAACUGCACUUGAAUGUUUCUUUUAACCGUAUUUGUCACCUAAAUAGAACAUUGUUAAUUUAAUUAAUUUUUAUGCAUGUUAACAUUUGAUAUAAUCUUAUUCAUGAAAAAGAUGGAAAUAAAUUGAACUUAGGUUUAAAGACAAGGUUUGAUUUGAUUUAUUCUUGUCCCUAAGUACCUUGUGAUGGAUAUAUGGAAGUUAAAACUUGACUAACCUAUGUUUUGUUACUGAUUUUACCAACAUGUAUGUUUUACAUAGAUAUUGUUUUAGGUUAAAUUACCAAAAGUGGUCAGAUCUUGUUUUCUAAGAAUAUAAAUUUAGACUUUUGUCUGCAGCAAAGUGGAGAGUUAGUAUGCAUAAAACCCAGGUUUAAAGGCUUAAAGGGACUGCUGUAUGACUUGACACAUCUUCAAAAAGUUAAUUGUGUGUCUUUUGUUAAAAGCAUGAAUAGAUAUUUUAUUUCUUGACAUCAAUGGGGACAGAACAACAGAGGUCAACUUUGUCCUGGUGACUUUUGAUCAUGGAUUUUAUCAUGGAUUUUGCCUCUCAAAGAUUGAAUUAUGUUUUUGAGAUCACUUUUCUACACCCCUCUAAUUCUUAAAAGGAUGUUUAGAUUUAUUUUAAACAGAUAAUCAGAGAUUAACAAUGUGCAGCACUUUAAAACCAUGCAAGUGAUUUAUUUAAUAUAUCCCUGCUACCAAUACUGUCUUGUGCUACACUCUCUUCAAGUGAGCAAACUUAAGUAAUAGACUGUUCUGUUUUCUUUUUUUUGUUAUUGUUUUGCAGUUGAUGUACAUUUAACUCUGUAGGUCCAUGUUGAUUGUAUGCUGUACAUAGUGUAAUUGUGUAAUCUGAUCUAAUUUAAUAUUUUCAUCAAAGGUUGACACUGUAAACUAUUGGUUAUACAGAAAUGCAGAACUAUUUUAGUACAUGUAAUUCCUGAAGACCUUCUGUUUUUUAUGUAUAGUAUAAAUUAAAGCUAUACUGUAGUGCUAA